UUUUCCCGAGGCCGCUUGUUCUAUCGAUCUUAUUCAGUAUAUUGAAACCCUAACCCCCAAAUUCGACACACAUUUAACCCGAUCUCGAAGGAUAAUCUUCGUGCUCAAAAAAUGCAACAUCAACAUCAGAGGCUGAAGCAACAACAACAGCAAGCUUUGAUGCAACAAGCUCUCCUUCAACAACAAUCUCUCUAUCAUCCUGGCCUCUUAGCACCUCCACAGAUUGAGCCAAUCCCAAGUGGAAAUCUGCCUCCUGGGUUUGAUCCAAAUACAUGCCGCAGUGUGUAUGUGGGGAACAUUCAUAUGCAAGUGACUGAACCACUUCUUCAAGAGGUUUUUGCAAGUACUGGUCCUGUUGAAGGCUGCAAACUCAUCAGAAAAGAGAAGUCAUCUUAUGGGUUCAUACACUACUUCGAUCGUAGAUCAGCUGCGCUUGCUAUAUUAUCUCUAAACGGGAGGCAUUUGUUUGGACAACCUAUUAAAGUUAAUUGGGCAUAUGCCAGUGGACAGAGGGAGGACACCUCAGGUCACUACAACAUAUUUGUUGGUGAUCUUAGCCCUGAGGUUACUGAUGCUAUGUUGUAUGCAUGCUUCUCCGUUUAUGCAAGUUGUUCGGAUGCGAGGGUUAUGUGGGAUCAGAAAACUGGUCGUUCACGAGGUUUUGGGUUUGUUUCCUUCCGGAACCAACAGGAUGCUCAAAGUGCUAUAAAUGACUUAACUGGGAAGUGGCUUGGCAGUAGGCAGAUACGCUGCAAUUGGGCUACCAAAGGUGCUGGUACUAGUGAUGAAAAGCAGGCCUCAGAUUCUAAAAGUGUGGUGGAGCUAACAAAUGGGUCUUCAGAGGAUGGUAAGGAGCCUGCUAAUGGUGAUGCUCCUGAGAACAACCCACAAUAUACCACUGUUUAUGUUGGCAACCUUGCACCAGAAGUUACUCAGCUUGAGCUCCAUCGCCACUUCCAUUCCCUUGGUGCUGGUAUAAUUGAGGAGGUCCGAGUGCAGCCUGAUAAAGGUUUCGGUUUUGUGAGAUACAAUAACCAUGGGGAGGCUGCUUUGGCUAUUCAAAUGGGGAACACCCAAUCUAUUCUUUAUGGCAAACAAAUUAAGUGCUCUUGGGGCAGCAAGCCGACUCCUCCUGGAACGAGCUCAAACCCACUUCCCCCACCUGUGCCUGCACCAAUGCUGUCAGCUGGUGACUUGUUGGCAUAUGAACGUCAACUAGCAAUAAGCAAGAUGGGAGGGAUACAUGGGCUGAUGCAGCAUCCUCCUCCUCAAGGACAGCAUCCUCUUAAACAAGCAACUAUGGGGAUGGGGAUGGGGAUGGGGAUGGGUAUAGGUGCUGCGGCGGGAGUAAGCCAGGCCAUUUACGAUGGUGGUUUCCAGAAUGUUGCAGCUGCCCAACAACUCAUGUACUAUCAGUGAGUGAUUUGUUUCACCUGUGUUGUUUUGAGUUUCUAGGAGGCUUUCUGAUGUUCUACCUUCUUUCUUUUCCUUUUACCCCUAUGGUGUCCUACCUACUUCUAUAUGCUUGCCAUGAGUAUGGACAUAUGAUGUAUGUUUAAUAUUAGUUGUUUGUAUUGGUAAUGAAUGACUUGGGUUAUUUGUUUGAUCCCAAAUUUAUU